AUGGAUGUGUGUAAGUGUAGUGCAUCUUCCCAAAUAGGUGUGUGUCAGUGUAGUGCUUCUUCCCAAAUAGGUGUGUGUCAGUGUAGUGCUUCUUUUCAAAUAGGUGUGUGUCUGUGUAAUGCUUCUUCCCAAAUAGGUGUGUGUCUGUGUAGUGCUUCUUCCCAAAUAGGUGUGUGUCAGUGUAGUGCUUCUUCCCAAAUAAGUGUGUGUCUGUGUAGUGCUUCUUCCCAAAUAGGUGUGUGUCAGUGUAGUGCUUCUUCCCAAAUAGGUGUGUGUCUGUGUAGCGCUUCUUCCCAAAUAAGUGUGUGUCUGUGUAGCGCUUCUUCCCAAAUAAGUGUGUGUCAGUGUAGUGUUUCAUCCCAAAUAAGUGUGUGUCAGUGUAGUGCUUCUUUUCAAAUAGGUGUGUGUCUAUGUAAUGCUUCUUCCCAAAUAGGUGUGUGUCUGUGUAGUGCUUCUUCCCAAAUAGGUGUGUGUCAGUGUAGUGCUUCUUCCCAAAUAAGUGUGUGUCUGUGUAGUGCUUCUUCCCAAAUAGGUGUGUGUCAGUGUAGUGCUUCUUCCCAAAUAGGUGUGUGUCAGUGUAGUGCUUCUUCCCAAAUAGAUGUGUGUAAGUGUAGUGCAUCUUCCCAAAUAGGUGUGUGUCAGUGUACUGCUUCUUCCCAAAUAGGUGUGUGUCAGUGUACUGCUUCUUCCCAAAUAGGUGUGUGUCAGUGUAGUGCUUCUUCCCAAAUAGGUGUGUGUCAGUGUAGUGCUUCUUCCCAAAUAGCUGUGUGUCUGUGUAGUGCUGCUUCCCAAAUAGGUGUGUGUCAGUGUACUGCUUCUUCCCAAAUAGGUGUGUGUCAGUGUAGUGCUUCUUCCCAAAUAGGUGUGUAUCAGUGUAGUGCUUCUUCCCAAAUAGGUGUGUGUGAGUGUAGUGCUUCUUCCCAAAUAGGUGUGUGUCAGUGUAGCGCUUCAUCCCAAAUAGGUGUGUGUCAGUGUAGUGCUUCUUCCAAAAUAAGUGUGAGUCAGUGUAGUGAUUCUUACCAAAUAAGUGUGUCAGUGUAG